UACGGUUUGCGAUGGUUGGAUUUUCUUUUAUGAUAACAGUUCUGUUAUCAAAGCCAGUACCCCGGAUCUUUGGGCAGGUUUCGGAUCCCAUUAAAAUGCUGUUUUAAGAAUUACUUUAUCUGGUUAUUCUUGACUGUACGUUUUAUUUUGGAGUUGUGUUUUGAGUGGAUUCUGACAGCUUGCUGAACAAAUGGCUGAAAUCUGUCGGGAAUGCGUAGCGAAGGACAAUACGAUUAUAAAUCUACAGCAAACGAUAGAAAAUCUGAAGACGUAUAUCCACAGAUUGACGAAUGGAGAAGGUGUGACCCAAGGACAGCAAAUUAUUACAGCUGCUGCAGCCGCUGGACUGGUGCAGAAUGCGGAUGGGAAUCUGGAAUUCCCAACCGUUAGUUUGGAAGAACUCUCUGCAUUUGCUGAUGUCCAUCCAGUGCAGUUUGUCCAAACUCCUGUGAUUGCCGUGGGAUCUGUUCCAUCUGUGCAGGUGACCACGAUCGAGCCGGCGGAGCACGUGCAGGGAUUAUUAUCCAAGCGAAUACUCCACGUCAAAGCGUCUGGUUCACUGCUGACAGACGCGAGUGGCGCUGGAAACCAUGCCACGGAGGAAGAGGAUCAUGAGCACGAACAUUACGAGGAGAAUGAAGCGGAUGGUGAAGAAAUGUCGCAGGAACAGCAGUUGGACGAGGAGGUGAUUUCCCCUGUUGAGAACCAAGCCAAGAAUGUGCGGCAAGAUGGACAACGACAGCGUGGUCAGCACGUUCUGGUCCUUGGCUCACCUCAUACCCGAAAGAUCCCAUUACGGUGCCCAUUACCGGACUGCCCACAUGCCGACUACCGAGCAUGGGAUCGCGAUCUGCUACGGAAGCACUUCGAGAAAUAUCACAAAGCCACUCAUCCUAGCCCGAUAUUCAAUUAUCUUUGUCCGUUUGAUGGAUGUAAAUACAUUUCAUAUAACGAACCAUCGUAUGCCCUUUACACUCACAUCAAGAAUGUUCACCGGGAAUAUUUAGCCCAACUGGAACAGAACUUGGCAAGAGGGCUUCCGAAUACCGAAAGAGAUCUUAAUGGGGUGGACAUUGAUGUCUUACCUAGCGAAAUCAAAAGAACCCCGGUUCCUAUUUUGGGCACGAUUAGUAUGGAGAAGCUUGGCUUGAGAUGUCCUCUACCGGUAUGCCAGGCGGGCACAGUCCUCUUUAAAUACAGCAGCAUGAAGAAACUGGUGGAGCAUUUCGAGAAACUGCACAGUUUUACACAUCCAAACCCAUACUUUAUUUACUGCUGCCCUGUGGAGGGUUGCAAUUAUAGUUCCGAAGUGGGGAAUUUUCGAGUGUACAAGCAUAUGAAGGCCGACCAUUCGGAAAUGUUCCUAGCUGUACCACUAGUUCCAAUGGAGGAUGCAGGAAAACUGCAGACUACAUCGGCUGAAGUAGACGGCAUGGCCGUGCCAACUGUUACCGAACCGGGAAUGAUAUUCUCUGACGGCGAAAUUGGUGAUGAUAUCGCCAAUAAUGAGGCGCAGUUGGUGCAUCAUACCGGGGAACAACCAUCUGAAACAACCGAGCCUGUGGAAGACGUGUUGAUGCCAUCAGAAGAGUCGGUUGUGGCUGAUGCCACUGAGCAGACGAAGACGGACGAAAUGGAUUCUGAGGCGCCACUAGAGUUUGGAACGAAAAUAUUUAUGAAAGGUUCUGCCAAUAUGAUCGUGGACCCGUUGAGAUGUCCGGUUGAAGACUGUCCUAAGCAGGACUUUAUCGCUACUAGCACGGUGCUGAUGAAGCGGCAUUUUUGGAAGCAGCACCGUUAUACCCACCCAAAUCCUGAAUUUCAUUUUCUCUGUCCUGUGGAGGGUUGUACUUUCAUUACUAACGCCACGUUGCAGCAGCCCAAGCAGCAGGCUUCAACCAACAUCUGGAGACAUAUUAAAAGAAGCCAUCCCGAAUAUGCCCUGGCGGAUAUGGCAGCAGGACAACUUGCUCCGAUAAACGCAACCGAUGAGGCGUCUGCAGUUUCUGGAAAUGCUGUAGGUGGAGAGGCUGAAGCAGAAACAUUGACGUCCGGUGAUCCUGUAAAAUCAGAAGAACAGUUGCGUGUCAGCGGUGUCGAAGACGUUCUGCAUCCGGGAACGCUUGUCAAACCAUUCCAGUUGCAGUGUUUAUUCCCAGGUUGCACGAAACCUCCUUUUAGUGGAGCGGACAAAACCCAACUGUUGAGGCAUUACGCGCACUAUCACACUAGUGUGGAUCGUAGACAGCCGAUUGUCGUUACCUGUCCAAUGAAAGACUGCACGUACGAAUGUAUUUGGCCGCCUAAACCUUUGUAUUACCAUGUGGAGUCCGUGCAUGCUGAGCCGGAUGAUAGUGGUCUGCUGCAUCCCGCCAAUGUUUCAUUAACUAAGGAAAGUGCCGCAGGUGAUCAGUGCCACACCCCCGUGCAGAUAGUCGGACGCCCUUACAAAUCUGGAAGCUUCUGGUGUCCUGUGCCGGGCUGUGGAUUUUCCAAUACUGUAUUACUGCAUAUGCGCAAUCAUGUCCUGGAAGCACACCAAAAAACACACCCUAAUCCUACUUUCAUCUUCGUGUGUCCCAUACAAGGUUGCAGUUUUGCCAAACAAAACAAUUAUCAAGCCUUAUGUACACACAUGCAGCGAGAACAUGGUAUGAAGAAAGAACGUACAGCUAUCUCGCCGACAAAGAAUACCGGAAAACGGAAAGCUGAAACUGAUGGCGAACCACCAGCCAAAAAGACAAAAACUACAAAAAAGAAAGCCAAAGACCCGACCCGAGCCAAAGCGAAAAGAGGGAAGAAAUCUGUGACAAAGGAGGCAGCAAAUAAUGCUGGACAUUCACGAGCUAACAUCCCCGUAAGUACACAGGAGCCUGUGUCUCCAGAGAAAACGACAGCAGAGAAAAUAGAAGAAGCGGGUCCUAACGCUGAGGAUGGCAGUAUGUCGACCGAUAUGGUCGAUAAAGAUGGAAACACCGCUGGUGAAACACUAUGGAUUAUUAAGAAGAGGAAUAAUUCCAAUGCGAGCACCAGCACCCUGCGACGGGGAGCCCCGAGAAAGGCUAAGAGCUCGUGAUUUUCGUUAUUGUUUGAUUUUUGAUCAAGCUCUGCUGAUUUUUUUCUGGGUAAUAAUGUAUAGUUGUACAGAUCUAUUUCGCAGUUUUUGUCAUUUCCGUUUCGUAUUUCGUUAGCCUUUGCUGAUGUACAGACUCCGUUUUUGCUUAGUGUUCUUUCUUUACUUCAGCCUCUGCUAAUGUGCAAAUACCACGCUAUAAAACGCGUAGUUUGAUU